AUAACCUACCCACAAGAAUGCAAGCAUGUGAGACACAGGAGUCUUUCUUCCACUCUAGGCCUCCUCAUAGCAAAAGGGAGGCACAAGACUUAACUUAUGCAGUGUUCAGGUGAACAUGUGAAUAAAGGAUCAACCUUGCAUGGUUUCAGCAUCAGGAUCUGAGAAGGGUUUUAUGAUGGAGAGAAAACAUCUUGACCUUUUGUGAACAAAGACGAAAAGUCAGCAUUCUAUCACUUCUUUGGAGAGUCAAAGUGGAAAGGACUAAGCUGCAGGUGGAAGCUUGAUUCUGCAUGUUUCUGAGCUGGACACAACGCAACCACUGUCUCUACUGGCCUUCCCAUCAGAAUCCUUUGUGAUCUCAAAGGCAGACUUCAUAUAAAAAUGCUCUGAUAUUCGAAACAGCCAGAGAUAAAUGUGCAUUCGGUUUAGGACUGAGCAGCACUAAUUCUACUGCUGGCUAUUCCUCACUCAAUAAUGCUGAAAUGAACUAAGUAGAAGAGCCUACAAGAAAGAAAAAAAGAUUGCCGUUUCUAUGGUGAACAAAGCUGAGAUCUUAUAGAAAGCUGGAAGAAGUGGUAUAAACAUCUGGCCGUUUACUACAAAGGAUAUUUCAGGUUUGAGCUGCAUAUGACCUCCUGAGAGCCAAGGCUCUUGUUGAACCAUGAAGGAGCAGAUUCCUGAAUUCUUCAAUGAUUUGUGGACACUUUUGGUCACCAAACACAACGAGGGCAUUUACAACACAGUGUGUAUUGUUGUGCUCCUUAUGCUGCCUCUACUUGUUUUCUGCACUUCUCUGGUUGUUUGCUGUCACUGCUGCUCAUCCUUUUGCAGAGGACGUGAUUGUUGCUGUUGUAGAGAUUCUGCCACACUGACAGAGACACAGGUUGAAAAGAAAAAGAAAAAGAAGAAGAACGCUGGCCAGAAUGAGGAGAACUUGUGGAUUUCAGUCAAAAUGGACCCCAUGACUCCAGACAGACUGGCCCUUACCGUUGUGUAACUGGGCCAUGAUCUGUUUCAAAGUACAGGUUGGAUAUUCAUAUAUGCCUAGCUCUUAUAUAAAUUCCAUUGCUUAAUAGUAAGACAAGCCAACUGGAUGUAUUAUAAUAUGGAAGACAGUUUUCCACUCAUUCAAGGGAUGAGUUCGAAAUUAUAAGAUAAGAUUAAUCAUCCUGACUAAGAACUACUAGAUAUUUAGAAUGAUUUUCCUAGAUGAACUUAAUUUUAUGAAACUUUAUAUGAAAUUAAGCAAGCAUGAACUAUGUAAAUGGGGUCAUAAAAGAUACAAAGCUUAUUCUUCCCCUAACCCUGAACUUUGCAACAAAUUUAGUUAAUUAUUUUGUGCAAUAGUGGUGAACAUCCCUUUCUAAAUACAACACUGCUGACAGAGCAGAGAGAAAAGAGCUUCCUGAACAUUCAAAGCCCUCGUGUACAGCAAUAGCAGCUCUGUAAGAAAUAAAUGAAAAGAUGCCAAACCUUUUAAAUAACUUUUGCUGAAUUCAUUUUCAUGAAUGAAAAAUAAGAAUACUGAUUUUACCGCUCAAAUAUUUUUUGCUCUGCCAUUCAGUGUAGCCUAUAAUCAAAUCGACGUGUCUUCCAAUGAGACAGACUGAGAGUUGAAAACAUGACACAUGUGAACACUGGCAGAGAAGGUACACUACCAGUCAAAAGUUUAGACACACUCGUUAGUUAUUUUUAUUUUUCUUCCCACACAUUUUAGAAUAAUAAUAAAGUCAUCGAAACUCUGGAGUAACACAAAUGGAACUAUGGGAAUUACGUCAUGAUAAAAAAAUCCAAAAUGAAUCAAAAUGAUUUGAUAUACAAUUUCUCAACCCUGAGAUGCUUUUUAAACAGUAUUAAAGGAGUUCCCACCUACGCUGGACUCUUAUCGGCUGCUUUUCAGAAUAUUUCACUCCAAGUUAUCCGUUUAAAAGAAUUUUUUUUUUGGAAAUACAAUGUUAGUUUUCUAAUGAAAGAAAUGAACAUUUUGGCACAGUUAACACAGAUUUCAAACAUUUAAUCACACGCCUUCAGAUCAAAAGGUUUUUUAGAUCACGAGAAACAUUUGAGUCAAGUGUCUCCAAACUUUUGACUAGUACAGUAGUGUAGGUUUUGAUGAAUAAAUACAUAUGGGCGAAUAAUGAGCGAAAGCAGUUGAAUUAGCGUGAGCAAGUUAAUUUCAGGUUCGUGUGUGAUUAUGAAGGUUAUUUUGUUUGUUUGUUUUGUUUGGAUUUUUCUUUGUUUGUAUUUUUUUUUUUGCAUUCUCUAUGCUGUUGAUGUAUGCAAAUGAUGAGAGUCCAGUGUCUUGUGUAUAACACAAUUAAAAUAAAGGUGCUGUAUUUUUCUAUUUUCUGUUUGCAUAAGAUUUCCUCUUUCUAACAGAGCAACUCUUCUUGUAAAUGCAGCUGUGCAAUUUGGACAGGAUGUUCUCAUAUAACUUCUCAGACUUCUCGGCACAUCAGGUUUCUCGAAUUAAUCCUAUUGCCCUAGUAACCGCGUGUGCAUCUAUUUUAUUCAUUGACAUUUAAUCUGAACAACAGCUCUACACAUAAACAUGUCUGUUCCUCUAGAUGCAGAGGCUGUAAGUGAGUGAGUAACUAUUUCCAAAAAUGGAAACACCCUAAAACUAAAGUCUUUUUUUUUUCCCAAAGCACCAGACAGUGUGUGAUGGAAUAACCUGGUUUGUGAAAGUCACUCUAAUCCAACCAUGAUUUGGCUUCCUCCACUAAAACAAGCACUCCUUGUUUUGCCUCAGCUCUUGCUCCUGCUACUACAGGAGGAGUGGAAAAACACAGUGUCAUUCUGGUGAGAGAAGAGUGAGACUGGCCUAAUGCUUUCUGAACUGAAUUAUAUACACUAAAAUAUGCACCUGGCAAUUUUUGCUUUGUAAGCAUCUAGGAAGCUUUAGGAAGCCUAGCCUAUUCCCUGUAUUACUCUUUGUGUUUACAAAAAGAGGAAGAUAUGCAUGUCAUUU